CCAGGCACCCGACACCGCGACAGAGACCGCGGCACCGCCGGGUAUCGACAGCAGGAGCGAAGCCUCCCGGCGCCGAGACCGAGCCAUCACCGGGUACCGCACCGGGACCAGCACCGGGACAUCGGGCAGAGGCACCCGCGGGCACCGGCACCGAAGCCGCCGGGCGCCGAUCGCCGCGAUGCUUCCCGGGGCAGGACCCCUCGCCUUCCUCCUCCGGUGCCUGCUGCUCCUCCUCGGCUCCGAGAGCCGCGCCCGGGCUCGGCCGGACGUGUUCUGUGACUUCAAUGGCAAGAAGUACAGCCCGGGGGAGAGCUGGCACCCCUACCUGGAGCCGCAGGGGCUGAUGUACUGCAUCCGCUGCAGCUGCUCCGAGAAUGCCAACAUCAGGUGCUACCGGAUCCAGUGCCCGGCUCUGCAAUGUGCCAGCUCCGUCACGGACCCCCAGCAGUGCUGCCCGCGGUGCCUUGGUAGGUGGACAUCCCAUGGGGAGAGGGUGACAAGGUGGCCAUGGUCCUGCAAUCGCCGGGCACCACAUUCCCCUUCUGGCCUGCGGGCACCCCUCAGGUCCUGCCAGUACAACGGGACAAGCUACCAGCAAGGGGAGAUGUUCACCACCAGCGAGCUCUUCCCCAGCCGCCAGCCGAACCAGUGUGUGCAGUGCAGCUGCUCCGAAGGCCAGAUCUACUGUGGCUUGGUGACCUGCCCGGAGCUCCUGUGUUCCUCUCCCCUCACCGUGCCGGAUUCCUGCUGCCAGGUCUGCAAAGAUGGCUCACAGGAGAAGUCCACGGAAGAGGAGCCCCUGCAGUUAAACAGAGGUGUUAGGCACUCACAAGACCAGUGCCUGGGGGAGGCCAUGGGCAGGAAGCCUCCCGGAGCCACUGUGGCCGCUGCCCUCAGCUCUUCCCUGGAGUUCGUGCCCAGGAGCUUCAAACCCAAGGGAGGAGGUGGCACCACCGUGAAGAUCGUCUUGAAAGAGAAGCACAAGAAAGCCUGUGUGUACAACGGGAAGACCUAUUCCCAUGGGGAAGUGUGGCAUCCCGUCUUCCGGCUCUACGGCCUCCUGCCCUGCAUCCUUUGCACUUGCAGGGAUGGUGUCCAGGACUGCCAGAAGAUCACCUGCCCCAAGGAGUAUCCGUGUGAGCAUCCAGAGAAAGUAGAUGGGAAAUGCUGUAAAAUAUGUCCAGAAACCAAGGUCAAACCCACUGCUGAAGCAGCCACCACGCGCUGCGCCAAGAACCCCAACCGCGUCCUGGUGUACAUGUUUGUGCCACCGAGCUCCGGUUCCUCCAAGGAGAUCCUCAGGACGAUGGCAGUGGAGAAGGAGCCUGCAGAAGAGGUGGAAAUCUACAACUGGAAGCUCAUUAAAGGAAUCUUUCAUCUGAUCCAGACCAAGAAGAUCAGCAAACAGGAAUUCAAGCAGGAAGCACACAACUUCAGACUCAUCACCAGGACGAACGAAGGUCACUGGAACAUCUUCCGAGCCCAGACAUCAGAGCUGCGGAUGACAGAGAGCCCAGAGAAAGACACAAAGAGCUUGUAACGAGAGCAAACUCUGCCCUAGCUAUCGAUUUAUGUACACACCCCAUACACACAUACACCUAUAUAGGAAGUACAAAGCCUCAUUACUCAAUAGACUGGCACAGCAGUAAAGGAUGCACUAGUGUAAACUACAGAACCUCCAGCCAUGGAGCCAAACUGAACCACAUGGGAUCCCAGCCGUGGAGGUGCCUCUCUCCAACGGGAGAGCACAAGAGGUUGGCCAUCACCUCCUGCGACAAAGAGGUUGGAUGUGCAGAGGGAAGAGGAGGAAGACACAAGGGAGAUGUGAGACCU